GAAUGCCAGAGGUGGAUUUCUGAUUCCAGAAGUGGAAUUCCGAAAUGGUACUUUACGUCUAGACAUUAUUGAAGCUAAUUAUUAUGCCAGAGAGAUUGUGGCUUAUCACAAAUUUGAUGUCCUAGAUUUGCACUUUCAUUUACGUACCCAGUUAAACAGAAGGGCAACUGAUGGUAUACAUUGGGAUAACACUGCUCAUAGACGUAUAACAAAUUUAAUUUUGACUCACAUAGCUAAGUCUUGGAAUUUUGAUUUCAAUUCAUUAGUUAAAAAUGAUGAGAUAUCCAUUACAGUUAAUUUUAAAAGUUCCUCAGAGCAUAACCUACAUGCGAGAAGUUAUAGUUUUGAUAACGGUUUCAAAAGCAAAAAUGAUGAUCCAUUUUACAAUUCCAAUAACAAAUGUCAUAUGAGAUCUAGAACAGUAGACUCUGGACAAAAUAGAUAUGACUCUAGCUAUGAUCUGAAUGGCUUAGAUUAUGGCUAUGGUUAUGGCUUUAACCACAGUGAUGCUGUCUUUAAGCACACUGAUUCUGGCUUUAAUCACAGUGAUUCUGGCUUUAACCACACUGAUUUUGGCUUUAACCACAAUGAUUCUGGCUUUAACCACAAUGAUUCUGGCUUUAACCACAAUGAUUCUGGCCCAUGGUUUAAAGAUUAUAACUAUCAAUUUAAUCCUAAUCAUGCCAGCUCAGGUCAUGGUCACUCAAACAACUUCUCAAACUAUAUUGCAAGUUCAAAUCGCACUCAGCAAAGUGAGCAUGAUCAUGAUUAUUAUAAUGGUAUCGGUGGAGUCAAAUCAUACUCAGUUAACCGCAUUAUUAACCAUAAAGCGAGUAGUAAUAUUGGUCCUAUUCGCCAACUAUCUCGCACUGUCACUAAUGAUCAUCCUUAUAAUUAUAGAUCAUAUCAUUAG